CACCAUCCUUCCCUAGCCCACAUGAGGCACUCUCGAGGGUAUCAAACAAACUCUGGAAAAAGCCACAGGAGGUUUUGGGCAGCGAUGUUCUGGCUCUCCAUGAUGGCUUCUUUUAUGGUUGGUGGUAUUUCUGAUCUAAGGCUGAGGAAUCGGUGAUGGUCGAAGAUGGUUUUUGGGAGCUAAGGAAGUCUACGAUGGUUCUCAAAAUGUGAUUUUGAUGACAAAGAUUCCUGUCAAGAAAUGCUAAGGAAGAGAUGAGACCUUUGGGUUGCUUGGGCAUUGGCUUGAGUCUUGUCUCAGGUUGCUUGUUCUUGGCCGUUGUCGCGCAACUAUACUAUUUCUUCUGGUGGAAGAAGAGAAAAAUUGAUGGAGACUUGUUUUGUUGGAAGAAAUCUUCUUUUUCGAGCUCUGCAGAUCUCAAUCCCCAAGAAAUCUGCGUGUCAGUGAUCGGAGCAAUUCCUUCUGAUGAAGAGCAACUCGAUUCCAACUCUACCAGAGAUUUGCUCUGGAAGCCAUUUGGAGAAGAAGACACAGUGGAAGCAGAGCUCAUGAGGCUUCACCGCCUUGCAGGUCCUCCGAGGUCUCUCUGCACCAUCGCAGAAGAGACACAGCAGGACUUGGUGUCAGAGGACGUGAGAUACAGAGUGGGGAAGAGCUUGCGAGAUCUGCUUCUCAUAGCGGAGAGUCCAAUCUUGACACCUCUGUCCUCCCCGCCUUUCUUCUCCUCAUCCCCGACUCCCAUGGCUUGUUACAGCCAAAAUGGGUUCAACCCACUCUUCGAACCCUCGGACGAAGAUGGUUUGACUUGGAUAUGGUCCUCCCCACCUCCAAAGUUGAAGUUCCUCAAGGAUGCAGAGGAGAAGCUGUACAGGAAGACACUGCAGGAAGAAGAACUCAAGGAUCACAGUAGUAGCGGGUCUAUGAAGAACAAGGAUAUAAUAGAAGCCUGUGCUCCUUCUCUUUCUCCUGUUGCUACCUCAUCUCCCGAAGGCCCAGAAGAGCAAAAUGGUUUCUUCAUCACCACAGUCACCAAAACGACUCCAGCUAUUCGCAGGUGAUACUGUGUUACCUUCGUCUCCUUCAAAUAUCAAACAAGUAAAUAGGAAACCAUGUUCCACAGAAUGAGACCUGACCUGGUUUCUCAUUGAUCUCCCAUCAAAUGUAUCAGGUAUUUCUGUAAAGAUCAUGAAGAUGAGUAUAAUUAAAGCUUUGAAA